CCCACCAAAACAGUUCAAUUUCAAAUUCAAACGGUUGGAGACGGUGGAGGAUUGUAGUCAAAGGGAGCGGACACUCAGUUUUAUUAAAGAUUAUGUCCCGCUUGCCAGUUAUGUCAAGCAAGAGGGUCCUUACAAGCAGCAGCAGCAGCGCAGAGAAUGCCCAAGACCUUGCGCCUGCUCAGAAGCGGAUUCGUAAGGACCCAGAGCAUGUCAAACCCCAGGCAGCAGCUACAAUCAUCGGUGGCAAGAGACCUCCUGUUGCUGCAACCAGGGCACCUCUUUCUAAGCCAGUAAGAAGCAUGGGAGCUGCCACUGUGGCUGUUGGUCCUACCAGAGGCGCCCUGAAACCAACUGUAGCUUCAGCUGCAGCAAAAGGAGCCAACGUCAAACAACCUGUUGCAUCCACUGCUACAAAGACAGGUGGGGGUGGUGCCCCUCGACGUCAUGCAUGGGACCUGAAGGGCAAAGUCAGCGACAUGGAGGGUAAGAUCCGUAACUACCAGACCAAGGUCAAAUCUGUCAACCAGGAGAAUGAGGUUCUGAGAGACUCGGUGGCCCAGAACCAAACAAGAGUGGCUGGAAUGGAGAAAGAGCUUGAGAGGCAGAGGAGCCAGAUCAGUGAGUAUGAAGAGGAGCUGCAGGCACUGUCGGAAGUCCGGGAUGAGUUGGAGAAAGUGUCUAGUGAUAAGAAUACUCUUCAGAAGGAGCUCUCCAACCUGGAGGGAAAAUACAAGGUCAUGGAGACACUCAGAGACAGCCAGGAGACAGAGCUACAAACUCUCAAGAUGAAGCUUUCAGUUCAGGAGUCGACUCUGGCCCGUGUGCAGGCGACUCUCAGAGACACAGAGGAAGAGGUCCGCUGUCUCAAAGAGACUGUGGCCCAGCAAAAGGACGAGCUUCAUGCCGGGGAAAUGGAGCGCAGACGACUCCACAAUACCAUUCAGGAGCUCAAGGGUAAUAUCAGGGUCUUUUGCAGAGUGCGCCCACUGGUGGGUGGAGGCCUCAGCAAACACAUCCAGCUCCCAGCCAGUGACAACAAGAUGAUAACACUGGCCAAAACAGAGGAGUCUCACACAGGAAAAACCACAGACACUCAGAAGAACUACAACUUCAGUUUUGACCGAGUGUUUGGCCCCCAGACUUCACAACAGGAGGUCUUUGAAGAGAUCUCUCUGCUGGUGCAGUCAGCACUCGACGGCUACAAUGUCUGCUGCUUUGCCUAUGGCCAGACAGGAAGUGGAAAGACAUACACCAUGGAGGGAAGCGAGUUUGAUGAGUGCAGAGGUGUCAUCCCCAGAGCUGUGCAGCAAAUCUUCAAAGCAGCAGAGAAACUGGGAGCACAGGGCUGGGAGUUCACCUUCACAGCGAGCUUUGUUGAAAUCUACAAUGAGACCCUGCGAGACCUCCUCUACACCGGCAAAGCCAGCAAGAGACCCGAGCAUGAGAUCAGAAAGUCUACCAAUAAUGAGGUGACAAUCACCAACCUCACCUAUGAAAAGGUCUCCAACGAGGAUCAGGUUCUCGGUCUGAUUGCCCUGGCCAAUCAGAAUCGUUCCACUGCCCAGACAGCCCAGAAUGACCGCUCAUCUCGCUCCCAUUCAGUCUUCCAGCUGGACAUCGAGGGAGUGAAUGCUGGCAGGGAUGUCAAAUGCAAGUCCACUCUGUGUCUAGUGGAUUUGGCUGGCAGUGAGCGAAUGGUGAAGAGUCAGUCUCAGGGUGAGCGCUUCAAAGAGAUGACGGCCAUCAACGGCUCCCUGUCCAACCUGGGCAUCGUCAUCGCCGCACUGGCCAACAAGGAGAGCUAUGUUCCAUACAGAAACUCCAAGCUCACCUACCUUCUGCAGGGCUGCUUGGGAGGAAACAGCAAAACCCUGAUGUUUGUGAACAUUGCUCCAGAGUCAGACAGCUUUGGGGAAACCCUCAACUCCUUGAGGUUUGCCAGCAAGGUGAAUGACUGUGUUAUUGGGACUGCAAGUGCCAACAGGAAGUAGAGUGAAGCUCUUGAAGGAAAAAAAAAAACCCUGUGUUCUUACUAGUUUCACCAUUAUGGUCCUGACAUGAAAUCUUCAGUUUCCUGUGUCUUUUACUUACACAUUGUGUUGUUUGGCACACGCUAUGGUGCCAAUCUGUAAGAACCAAAAACUCUAAAAUCCUUUUGUAUAUUCUCAGGGCCUUUAUUAGAGGCUUUUAAAAUUCUUACAUCUUUUAUGUAAAUCAGGUGGAUGUAUACAUACACCAAUCAGCCUCAACAUUAAAACAAGUAACUGGAUUUAAUGUUGAGGCUGAUUGUUGUAUAUUUUUUGAAAUACAAAUGUCUCUCGGUAUUUCUGACUGAUAAUCUCCAUUAAGCUUAUCAUAUUUUCCUCUUCUUUCUUUUUUUUGACCCAAAAUAUUCUUUAUUUUCAGUUUAAAUAUGGCAGGUUGCAUUUAGUCAAUAAAUGUAGUCAAAUUAAACAGAUACUAUCACUUAUAUUUUUCUUGAUUUGUGUGUGACACUUGUGGCAAUAAGUGGUCUUUUUUUUUUUUUUUUAAAUUUUAUUUUUCAGUCUGUGCUCUCUGGCCCAACAAGCUGAAAUAAUAAAGACUUUCAGUAGAUGGGCUGCUUGUUUUUCCUGUGCUGCCAGAUGUUUAUUUCUAAUGCUUUCAUACAUUUAAAGCACAUUGUGGCUAAUCUUGUAUAUAUUAUUGAUUAACAUUUUUCACAAUAUUCUACAGUGUUCCACAUUUAUCAUUCCUCAUUAAUGUGUUUUUAUUUCUGUUUUCCAGGUCAUAGUCAUUGUUUGUUUUACCAUAUUAAAAUCAAGUUGCAGGGACGUGUAAGUUGUGAUAAAUCCCUCAUCGUGAA